UCAAUUCUGCAAUUAGUUCUAAUUUACUAUGGCUAUUCUCUAGCUGGUCUAAAACUGUUUUUUGACCUAAAGGGACGCUUUUUGGAUGCCAUGGACAUUUCUCAGUUUCCAGGCAGAAAGAACAGUAAAAAUGCAGGCAGGGCACAGGACAAAGCACUCGGGACAAAAUGUAUGUGAAAUGGUUUGCUACAGUAAUGUUUUACUAUGUGAUUUUUUUUACAACUUUCAAAUUUCCCGCCAGUUCCGUCCCCUGUAUGUCCUGACGUCGCAGGGAACGGAACCCAGAAGAUAGAUGCCGGCAUCGGCCGGAGGACAUUUCAGGGGACACUGCAGGAGGGACAU